CAUUCUCUUCACAACAACACACUGCCUCCUCGUGUGUAUUUACUUCCCAAAUACAAAAUGGAUUUAAAAAAAAUACAAAAAUUGAUCAAAUCCCCAAUUGGUUCAUCGGUUAAACGCUGGAAUUUGAUUCUCUAGGGCAUCGUUCCGGCUCUUUUUUUUCCCGGAGCUUUUUUAUCGACUCUUGUUCAUGGAUUCGCCCCUUUCCCAAGCUGUUGCUCUUUUCGCCUCGGAGUUUUGAGUGGUAGGUAAUGUUCUCUCAGAACAAAGAUAUCUUUGUUUGAGACAAGCAAAAAAGCUUCACCUGAUUGCUAGAAGUUGAUUGGUUUAGCUUCUCCCGGAGAACGAUAUUCUAUAAAGCUAAUCAUGGCUCGGAAAGGGAAUCAUCAGAAGAACGGAGUGGAUCGCCAGACAAAGCAAAGAAAGAAGAAUUCUGAAGUUCUGUCUUCCAAAGGGCAAGGGAAAACAAGUGAGUCUAAAAGUAUCCGUAAAGAGCAGUUGCCAGACGAUAAACAGCCCGAUACUCCGGCCUGUGAUUCCUUGGAGAGAGACAUAGAGGAAACAAACGACGACGUGUCUGUUAGGACAGAAAAGAAUGUAGUAGAUGAACCCGUCUCUUCGGAAAACGAUUUGGCUGGAGAUAUACCUCAUAGUGAAGCUAAUUUUACUACCGAAGAAAGUGGAAUUCCAGUUGGUGGCAACUAUGGUCUUGGACACUUGAAAGAAGUUAUGAGAACAUUGCUCGAUAUACUGCGUACAAACAGCCCGUUAGAGAAUCUCGAGUUAGCAUACAAUGCAGUGGCAAGGAACUUGAGGAUAUGCACUGCAAUCAUAUCGAGGGAAGUGACUCGGUGGAUGGAGAGACAGAGGCCCGUGAUAGAUUCUCUUAAAUCUAACGUAUUCAGAGCUCGUGAUCAUGUUAGAACAAAGGUUCAGAAGGUGUGUCCGGUUAUAUUCAGAUGGCUUAUGCACUUUGGGAGCAUAAUUCUUUUUCUGUCUCUGGUUUGGUUGGACUGUGCAAUCCGAGGUUUUGAUUCCUUCCUCCGCUUGGGGACGACAUCCUUUUUCUCGAUUGUCUGGUGUGGUAUUCUUUCAGUGUUUGCCAUGGUUGGUGUUACCAAAUUUCUCGUGAUCUUGGUUGUCACUGUUAUAAUGCUCGUUUUUCUCGGAUUUGUUGUUGGGUUGAUUUCACUUGCGGUUUUCGGGUUGGUUUUGCUGUGGCUGUAUGGUAGUUUUUGGACAACGCUACUAUUCAUCAUCUUUGGAGGAUUGGCAUUCAUAUUCGGGCGUGAACGCAUUGCUCUGUUCAUCAUUGCAACAUAUUCAGUCUACAGUGCAUGGGGUUAUGUUGGAUGGCUUGGCCUUCUUUUGGCUUUUAAUCUCGCUUUCAUCUCAACCGAUGCUCUGAUAUAUUUCCUUAAGAACAACUUAAACCAGCAGAGUACAGGUUAUGGACCUAAUGAGCCUGUCAACGGUUCAUCCUUUGAAAAUGGCCCAGGAUUUCCCGGGGAUCGUGGGCCAGGAGCCGCCUCAACUAGUGGAACCGAUGCUGAGGUAACAUCUGAAGACGAAGUUGCCCGGUUGCUGAAUUGUACCGAUCACUACUCGGCCUUGGGAUUAUCGCGUUUUGAGAACAUUGACGUGGCUUAUCUCAAGCGAGAGUACAGGAAAAAGGCGAUGCUGGUCCAUCCCGAUAAGAACAUGGGAAACGAGAAAGCCGCAGAAUCUUUUAAGAAGCUUCAGAACGCUUACGAGGUAUUACUCGAUUCUGUAAAGCGUAAAUCAUACGAUGAAGAAUUGAGGAGGGAAGAGCUACUGAAUUAUUUCCGCAGGUUUCAGAACGUUUCUCAAAAGGAGAGUCGGGGGCACGGAUCCUUUGGCUCGGGAUUUGCACGCUCAGAAGGCGAAGGAGAAGAAGCCUUUAUAGAUUCGAGACAGAUAGCCUGUAAAAAGUGUGGCGGUUUCCAUGCCUGGUUCCUUACCAAGAAAUCGAAAUCUCGGGCAAGAUGGUGUCAGGAUUGCAAAGAGUUUCACCUAGCGAAAGACGGAGAUGGUUGGAUUGAACAAUCUUCGCAACCCGUCUUCUUCGGGUUGCUUCAGAAGAUCGAUACAACUCGUGCUUACGUUUGCGCCGACAGCAAAAUAUAUGACGCUUCUCAGUGGUAUAUCUGUCAGGGAAUGAGAUGUCCGGCGAACACUCACAAGCCGAGCUUCCAUGUGAACACGAGUGUGACCUCAAAGCAUCAUUCCGGCGGCCGGGGAGGAAGUUCUUCAGGGCCGAGGCGUAUGCCGAAUGCCAACGUGGACGAGACGAUGACCGAGGAAGAGUUCUACGAGUGGUUGCAGAACGCAGUUCAAUCCGGUGUGUUUGAUAAUUUCAGCGAUAGCCCGUCUUCGAGAACCGGCACUGGAAGUAGCAGUAGUACUGGUAAUAACGGCAGCAAGAGGAAGAAAAAGGGCAAGAGACAAUGGUGAAAAAGGACGUAGCUCUUGAUGUAAGAGAAGCCGCCAUUAGAGAUCUGAAAGUGCAGAGGGUUUUUUUGUAUAGAGCCGCCAUUAGAGAUCUCUUCUCUUCUUCUUCUGUGUCCUAAGUUUUCCAUUGAAAAAACCAAAAAGCUGCGACCUUUUUGUGGUUUUCUCCUAUGUAUUAAGCCUCACCCUUCAUGGUUGGCCUUAGGAUUCACCUUUCUCUGAAUAAGAAAAAAACCCAGUUGAAGCUUUC